CGGCUCCGCAGCCAAUGGAGCGGGGGCCGAGCGCACCGCGUCCCUCAGGCGCCUGAGGCGAGCGGGGGGCGCGAGCCGCGAGCCAGCCGCCGUGUGUUGCACCUGGAGGGGAGGACGCUGAGGGAGCCCAGAGGGAGCCGCCGCCUCAUCGCCUCAGCGCAGUAGAAAGAGUAAAGCUCUGAAGAAAUCGUAGAUGAUGGCUUCUGACGCUAGUCAUAUGCUGGAAGCAGCUUUGGAGCAGAUGGAUGACAUCAUUGCAGGUACAAAGUCAGCUACAGAGUAUGCUAAUGGUGGUUAUGAUAUUGUGUCACCUGCUCCAUCCGUCUACUUGGGCACAUUUCAAAUUUUACAUCUCCUGGAAGAUCUAAAGAUGGCAUUGGAAAUGUUGGAGGAUCCUCAAGAGAAAGAAGCCCUGCGAAAUCAGAUCCCAGGGGCCACAGCCGUGUGCAUACGGGAGUGGUUUGAAGAGAAUCUGUCACAGGUGAAUCAUCAUUCGUCUAAUAAUGAAACUUAUCAAGAAAGAUUGGCACGAUUAGAAGGUGAUAAAGAGUCACUCAUACUGCAGGUGAGUGUUCUUACAGACCAGGUGGAAGCUCAAGGAGAGAAAAUUCGGGACUUAGAAAUCUGUCUUGAGGGGCAUCAGCUGAAACUGAAUGCUACAGAAGAAAUGCUGCAGCAGGAGUUGCUAAGCCGAACAUCACUAGAGACUCAGAAGUUAGAUCUAAUGGCUGAAGUUUCAGACCUGAAGAUUAAGCUGGUUGGUAUGGAAAAGGAACAGAGUGAAUAUGAAGAGAAACAGAACAAAGCGGAGUCAGUAGUCAACCUGAUCAGUGAGCUACAGGAGCAGAUGUGUAAACUGCAGCUGGAAAUCAAUAGUAGAAUCCAGGAGAGAAAGUCUCAAGAUAGGAAAUCAGACUUGACACCUAAUGGUCCUCAAUCUAGUCCAAGAUCAGUGGUAGAGACUGUCAGCCUGAAGAAUUGCUCUCAGUCUGAAGGUUUGCUACAGGAACUUAGACACCUCAAAAUUAAAGUGGAAGAACUGGAAAAUGAAAGAAAUCAAUACGAGUGGAAAUUAAAAGCUACUAAAGCUGAGAUAGCCCAGCUUCAAGAGCAAUUAGCUCUAAAAGAUGCAGAAAUAGAACGCUUACAAAGUCAGCUGUCUAGGACCUCAUCACAUAGUGAAGUAGCAGAAAGAGAGGAAGUUUAUAGGAGAAGGCUAAGAGAAAAACAUCAGGAAGUUCAAAGGUUGAAGAUAGGAAUGGAAUCAUUAUUGGCUGCAAAUGAAGAAAAGGACCGUCGAAUAGAGGAGCUAACACUACUGCUAAGCCAGUACAGGAGGGUCAAAGAGAUCAUGAUCACAGCUCACGGCUCUUCCAUCUCUGGCAGUGAAGAUGAACUUGAAACAACUUUAAGGAAGUGGAAUCUUUUGACUAAUCCUCAAGGAGAAUUAUUUAAAACAGAGGCCUCUUCAGGAGAAUUGUCACCAGCAAUGCUCUCUCCAGUGCCACACAAAGCUAUGGAAAUCAGUGGAAGCAUUCCAGUAUCUUCAACUAAUUUAACCUCUUCACAAGAAGAAUCUUUGGAAAGCAUAAACAGGGUUCCACAGAAAAAAAAGUCAAGUAGUUUAGAAGACUUACAGAGUGAAUCCCUGGAAAAGUAUGUAGACGGAAAACCAGUACAGCCUGUUGUAGAACAAGAGUGUAAGCCUCUUGUGAAAGGCAGCAAGUACCAAACCUUGCCAGGAAAGCUGCCCCGACCCAUACAGAAUGGAGAGCAGGGAAUGUAUAAUUCUCCAAAUGGAUGUGACACGAACGACAAUGAGGACAACGGCAUCCUUGGCCUAAAUCGCAUCAGGAGUGUCAGUGCACCAGUGCUAGGAGAAACAGAGAAUGUGGAUGGUUCAGUAACCUCGGAUGAGCUUUCACCUCUUUCCUCGGGAACAGAUUCAGGUCCACAGUCUCCGUUGUCUCCUGAAAACAGAAAGAGUCCGAAAGGGAUCAAGAAAAUCUGGGGAAAAAUAAGAAGAACUCAGUCAGGUAACUUCCCUGCAGACGAUUUGGGUUUGGCAGAGUUUCGAAGAGGGGGUCUCCGUGCAACAGCUGGACCUCGGUUAUCCAGAUCAAAGGAAACCAAAGGCCAGAAAAGUGACUACAAUGCUCCAUUUACUCAGUGGAGCACUGAAAGAGUUUGUAACUGGCUUGAGGACUUUGGUCUUGGUCAGUAUGUCAUUUUUGCACGGCAGUGGGUGACUUCAGGACAUACACUGUUAACUGCAACACCUCAGGACAUGGAAAAGGAAAUGGGAAUAAAGCAUCCACUGCACAGGAAGAAAUUAGUGUUGGCCAUCAAAUCAAUAAAUGCAAAACAAGAUGAGAAGUCUGCACAACUCGAUCACAUCUGGGUGACACGAUGGCUUGAUGAUAUUGGUUUACCUCAGUACAAAGACCAGUUUCAUGAAUCCAGAGUUGAUGGAAGAAUGUUGCAGUAUUUAACUGUGAAUGACCUUCUCUUUCUGAAAGUCACCAGUCAGCUGCACCAUCUGAGUAUUAAAUGUGCCAUUCAUGUGCUGCAUGUCAACAAUUUUAAUCCCCACUGUCUACGCAGGAGACCAGUUGAGGAGAAUAAUGUUUCACCCUCUGAAGUGAUUCAGUGGUCAAAUCAUAGAGUGAUGGAAUGGCUCAGAUCAGUAGAUCUGGCAGAAUAUGCACCAAACCUUCGAGGAAGUGGAGUACAUGGUGGCCUGAUUAUUCUCGAACCUCGCUUCAAUGGUGAUACACUGGCAAUGCUGCUGAAUAUUCCACCUCAAAAGACCUUGCUGAGACGCCACCUAACAACGAACUUUAAUGUGUUAAUUGGACCAGGGGCACAACAAGAAAAAAGAGAAAUAACGGAGUCAACAGCAUACACACCUCUGACCACCACUGCCAAAGUUCGACCAAAGAAACUUGGAUUUUCACAUUUUGGAAAUUUAAGGAAAAAGAAAUUUGAUGAAUCAACAGACUACAUUUGUCCUAUGGAUGUAAGCCCAGCUGCUACAAACGGUACUCAGAAAAAUUAUGGUGGAUGCAAAGGACUUAGUCCAUUCACUGAUAAGGAACUGGACCAGAUGGAACAUUCAGAAGGAACAGUAAUGCAAAUAGGGGCUCUUUCCCAAGGUAUAAGCCAUCUUACGACGAUGUUAAGCCAGGAUGAAAUGUUGAAUGACAGCAGAUUUUUAACACCUACCUUUGAAGACUGGAGAUGAUGUUUCAACAUGAGCAAGAACAUUAAUACAUUAUGCCUGUCCAGAGGGGUGGCCAGGAGAAGCUU